CAGUACGGCGCCGGUAAAUAAUCUUCAGUCGAGAAUGAAAAUGGAGGAAAAGGAAGAAGGCAAACCGGCGAAUGGAAUGAUCGGAGACCACUGGGGAUGGGCGGCCGCCGGCGCGACCCAGUUUGUGUUGGGGAUUUUGGCCUUCCGGAAAGGAUAUUCCGGCGAUUCGAACUUAAUGCCCUUUAAGGCUUUCGCUGUUGCUUCGCUCUUCGUCGGCGCUGCAGCCACCUCCGCCACAGCUUCCCUUCGAGCUUCCGGCGUGCGCUCGGUUGAUGACAUGAAGGCUUUAGGCGAAGAUAUAAGAUCCAAUCUAGGACUGCAGCCGAGGCCACGCAGUGAGUAGAUUGCUUUAUUUAGAUGCAUUUCAUUUCCUAAUUAAAUGAAGUUGGCUUCCUUCUACUCAGAUGAAUUCAUUCUUGAUGAGGAAUUUAUGGAAAUUUUGUGCAAUAACAAUCUCUCAUUGAUUGUUGAGUAAAAAUUUCAACAUCUCUAGUUGAAGAAGUUUAGCCAAUAAUUGUGAAAUUUAUGUCAAUCUUUUUGUGACCACCAUUGAUGAUGCUUUGUGAAUUGAGAU